GACUUCCUCUUCCGGUCCGCGGGCCGCUGAAACCGAAAGUGUAGUGCUUGGAGCGCCGCGCGGAGAUUGGCUCACCUUCACCUGCGCGAGCCCCAGCCGAUUCAGUGGGGAACCCCGACGAGCAGUAAGACAUGAACGGAAGAGUGGAUUAUUUGGUCACCGAGGAGGAAAUCAAUCUUACCAGAGGACCCUCGGGGCUGGGCUUCAACAUCGUCGGUGGGACAGAUCAGCAGUAUGUCUCCAACGACAGUGGCAUCUACGUCAGCCGCAUCAAAGAGAAUGGGGCUGCGGCCCUGGAUGGGCGGCUCCAGGAGGGUGAUAAGAUCCUCUCGGUAAAUGGCCAAGACCUAAAGAACUUGCUGCACCAGGAUGCUGUAGACCUCUUUCGUAACGCAGGCUAUGCUGUGUCCCUAAGAGUACAGCACAGGUUACAGGUGCAGAAUGGGCCUAUAGGACAUCGAAGUGAAGGGGAGCCGAGUGGUAUCCCCAUAGCUCUGGUGCUGGUGCCAGUGUUUGCCCUCACCAUGGUAGCAGCAUGGGCCUUCAUGAGAUACCGGCAACGACUUUGAAAAGCUUGCUGUCUUCCAGUGCUCCCAAUAGAAGAUACAUUUCUCUCUUCCUCUCACCCUCCUCCCCUGCCAUUCUCCCAUAUCCUUCCCUCUCUGCGUAGCCAACACAUCAUUUUAAGAGACUGCUACCUAGCCAGGACCUCGCCACCCAAAUCUCCAAGUCCUUAUAUUCUAAUGGGAGAGUGAAGGCAUUGUUUGAAGACAAGACUUGGCUUGGAACAAAUGGGGAGUUAAUCUGUUUUGCUAGGACCACCAAUAGAAGUUCAGCUACAACCCAAAGAGGGAAAGGUCCAGUCUUCCCAUCAGCACGGGUGAUACCUGUUCCUUAGCUGGCAUGCCUCAAAGGCCAGCUGUGUGCUGCAAGAGAAGAGAGGAUUUUUCUCCUUAAUGAUCUUCCUUGGGAAGUUUUUGUGGCCUUUAUUUAAUUUCUAACUACAUACUUGGGUGCCUAUAUCAAACACAGGAUGGUGAGGAGAGCAUUUUUGCUUUUUCAAAAAAGCAAAUGCACACACACACACACACACAUCCAUAUAUGACAGUAUAAUAGUGAUGCCUCGUGGAGAAUUAAAGAAGUGGAAAGCGGCUCUGUGGUUUCAGGUUUCUGUUAUAAGGGAUGUUCUGAAUGGAAGAAUGCGAUGCGUAGCAGAAGUUGAGGGAGUGAGCCUUACAAAGAUGCCCAAAAAGAAAAAGAGAAGACCAAACCAACUAAUCAGAAAUCUUAGAACAAUAUUUCUUUUUACAAUAGCUGUGGUGGAGUGGAGGUAAAAUGCCAUAAUCCAGCUUCACAUAAGUCAGUCUGUUCCCCAACCUUUGAAAUGCAAAGAUAAAUCUGACUGGUCUCUGGGCUGCCCUAGAGACCUUUUUGGUACCUCACAGUCCUGUUAAAGGAUCAGCUGGCAUGAUUGUGGUCAGGGCUAUGGUGAUGGGGCCAAACCAAACCAGUGAGAAAACUCUAAAAGGCACAAGGACGGUGCCUCCAAGGUGGCACCUGAACCCUCUCAGGCCAUCUAACAGACUUUUGGUCUCUAGAAAUAGGCAAAUUCUGAGUGAUGGAGCUGCUCUCUGUCAGGACAGGCAUGAAGCAGCUCUGCUUACAACUCAGUUGAGAGGGUUCGGAUCACAGGUAGUUUUGAGAGGAUCUAAACACCGGCUGUGGCUUUGAAUGAACAAACUAUUUUGCAGGGAAGGGGAAGAAAAGAGUUUUAUCUUAGUGGAUAGGGAAGUUUGGUGGAUGUUUCAUGGGGAGACCUUGAGAGAAGGAGAUGGAUGAAUGGAUGCUCAGGAAUACCAAAGACAUUAAUGAGACAGGAACCAGUCCGUUCAUGUGCUACUGAAUGUUGGUUUUAAGGCCCUAACUAAGGAGAGCUGAACCAAGACAGAUUCUCUAGCUUAAAAAGAAAUCAUUUCCGCCCUCCAGAUAUACUGGCUAUCAGCUACAGGCCUUACAUGAUCCCGACAGCAAUAGUGUGAACACCUGCCCUGAGGCAACCAGCCGUGUCCGACUUUUAGCGUGGAUAAUCUAGUCAAUAUUUUACACUUGUUGGUUGGACACCAGCUUUGUUAAGACACUUUUACAAAGAAUGUCAAAUUUAUACUGCAGACAGCAAACGGGAACAGUUCUGAGACUCAAAACACUUGGGAAAGUUCCCUGGAGAAAGGGGACAAAUUGAGGACCCUUGAGGAGCUCACAGUCUAAUUAAGGCAAUUCAUAAAUAGAUGAGAAGUUAAAAGUAUAUCAUCAGGUUAAGUAACAGUUGAAAACAAUAAAGAAAAAGAAACUCAGAACAUGAUGUAGCAACAGAGAUGUGCAGGCAGCCAUCACAUUUUUUUUUUCAGGAAUUCCAAAAAAGAAAGCUGUCACAUAAUGACAUCAGGCCAGAGUGUAAAGGGAAGGCUUUUAAAAAUAAAAACCUUAGUAAGACCUUUCCUCUGGGCCAACCAUUGCUCUAAGGAGAAACUUGCUUUAAACAAUCGCAGUAGGACUUAGGCUCUUACACCUGAACUGUUCAGUACCUUUGAGACUCACUUAGACGACUGUACCUGUAGGGCCCACAGAGAGCACGGACGGUGUUCUAGUUCUCACCUCAACCAGUCCCGCUGUGGAGGCACCACGCUGGGUGCCCGCCCUGCGUUUGGAGGCUGGUGCAGAAGCUUCCGCAAAGGGCCUGCUUACCUCCCGGGACUCAUCUCAGGGUUUGGACAUCAACUCUUGAGAGGACCUUGAGACAUUCAAAAUAAAUAGGACACUUAUCCCCUUGUUGGUAGAAGUUUUGCUUUGUCUAAUAAUAGGGAUUCUUAUGCACUUUAAUAAUUUAGUUUUUUUCUGGAAUUAAACAGCAUUAAAAGAUCCAAGUUUUAGGCAUGAUUCAAGUUUUAGGCAAGUAUGCCAUUCAACUUUCCUGAUUCUCUAGAAAACUUUUAUUCUGGAUGAAGUAUUGAAGUCCAUUGUAGGUCAUUUAAAAAAUUCAUGAUCUAUAUAGAUCUUUCACUUUAUAGAUUGUGUCUAAUAUUCCUGCUACCUAAAUUACUAUGUACAAGUUUUAAAAAUUGAAUGAAAGUAUUUUAAGACAAUAUACUUAAAACACUUCUGUAUUUAUUAUCUUAUAUGAAUAAUUUUAAUAAGACAU